AUGUUUGACAUAACAAAUGCGAACGUUGGUCAUACUCGUAAAGCUCUUUCGCAUGAUGUUCGUCAAGAAAUGUUUGACAUAACAAAUGCAAACGUUGGUGAAACAAGAAGAAGAGACGACACACUGAAACAACAGAGAAGAGAGAUGUUUAAAAGUGCUAUAGAACAAGUUCGCAAAGCUAACGAUGUCAUUCGUUCCAUUGACGACAAACCAAAAGAAGGUGAGAGAUGGUUAAAGAAAGAUGAAGAGAAUAGGAAGAGAAAUGUGAAGUCAGGCAAUAGACUCAUUGACUUUAACAUCGAAGCUUUAGAUGAACCAAACAGAGAAUAUUUACACAAACAUUUCGGUAAGGUUUUCAUGAGACUCUUAGAGAAAAUUAAAAUAAACUCGCAACAAAGAUGGAUGGUAUGUUAUAAACUUGGUGGAAAGUAUGAAUGUUCUACGUUAAACCUCAAUAAUAUUGGAACAUUACUACAUCAGCUCUUGAAGGAGAACUUUAUAUCAGAGAUAGAAGCAAAUGCUGCAGGUAUUGUUGAAAUGCACUAUGACUUCUUCUUGACAAACAUAAAGAAUCUUACUGAAAUAAAGAUGUAUGAUUUAACAGAAUAUGAAGGCUUAACGAUGUCAGAUGUAAAGAAAGGCAAACCAAAAAAGAGACCAUAUAGAGAUGAAAGCACACUGACAAAUGACCAGAAAGCCAUUUUGGAAGCUCUUAAGCAAACAGGAAACCCAGCACUUAUAGAAAGCUUUUGGAAAGAUAAUGGUGAAAAGAAGUUUUAUAAGAAGAGAAGCGGUCAGUUAUGGAAGUAUCUUUGCACAUUACCUAUAAAUCUUGAACGCUACCAAAUCUUCAAUGAACUGAACAAA